CAACAAAAUAGUUUCAGGGGGUAGAAGUUUAGUUUUUUUGAGAAUUGACUUAUUCUUAGCAAUUUCCUUCUGAUUCCCUAAAUAAUUUAGUGAACUUUCCCUUAGUAAUACACCCCAAAAUUAUUUCUUCUAGAAAAAGGUUCAUCUAACCUCAAAAAAUGUCCAGAAUUGGGAAAUACUUUUCUCUCCGGAACUUCUCAUCGUUCUUCCGGCAACGGAUAUUACCGGAAAAUGUACCAAGGCGAUCAAUGACAACGGAAAAUAAACCCAAAAAGGCCAUUGGGCCCAUUACUUGGCGGAGUUUAGGGGUAAUUUCAAUCGCCGGUGCCGGUGUUUUGGGAUUUAUGUAUUACGUCAAGCAGGAAAAAGAAAUGGCUAUGCUGAAGGAGAGAAAGAGGCAACUUGGAAAGGCAGCUAUUGGUGGUCAAUGGGAUCUGGUAGAUUGUGAUGGAAAACCGAGAAAGUCUCAAGACUUUGUUGGAAAGUGGCUUCUUAUCUACUUUGGCUUCACUCACUGCCCAGAUAUUUGCCCAGAAGAGCUAGAAAAGAUGGCCAAAGUUGUGGAUAAAAUUGACGAUAUUCCAGACGUCCCAAAUAUUCAACCUCUCUUCAUCACAGUUGAUCCCGAAAGGGAUAGUAAAGAGCUGGUGGGAAAAUAUGUGAAGGAAUUCUCACCUAAAUUGCUUGGUUUGACUGGAACCACAGACCAAAUCCAAAAAGUCUGCAAAGCCUUCCGAGUCUACUACAGCGCUGGACCCAAAGAUGUAGAUGAUGAUUAUAUUGUUGAUCACACAAUCAUCAUCUACUUAGUCGAUCCAAAUGGAGAAUUUGUCGAUUACUACGGACAAACGAUGGGCGUUGAUCAGAUAACAACCUCCAUUCUCGUCAACAUGGCUAAAUUCAAGCAAAUGAAUGAAAAGUCGUGGUUUGGGUGAUAUCCGGCCGCUUACGAGUAUUUCAAAGUAGAAUAAGGAAAGAAAAACCGUGAUGUAACAUACAAAAAAAUGCAUUUUAUUUCCAUUAUUACGUCCUAUUUACAUUGGUUCAUUAUUAUCGCAAAUGUUCUCUGCUCCCCCGCAAAAUCCACCACGUCAAAUACAUUACUUAUUUUCCUUCUA